UCAGACAAGAUGGCCGCGCCCUGCGGCUUCUCUCUCGUCUAGACACUCGGCCAGUAGCUCAUGUCAUGCCCUAAGUUAGUCUCUAGCUUGCUUCCAGAAUGCUCUCCCUCCGAGGCUGCGGCCGCUGGGUCGCGGCUUCCCUCGCCAAACAACACCUUCCGUGGGCUCAGUUCAGCGCCGACAGUGCGGCGCCCCGGACUCCACACUUCGACGUGGUAGUCAUCGGCGGAGGACAUGCCGGGACCGAGGCAGCCGCCGCCGCCGCUCGGUGCGGCUCCCGCACUCUGCUCCUCACGCACCGCGUGGAUACGAUCGGUCAGAUGUCCUGUAAUCCCUCCUUUGGUGGCAUUGGAAAGGGGCAUUUAAUGAGAGAAGUUGAUGCCUUGGAUGGUCUGUGUUCUCGCAUCUGUGACCAGUCUGGUGUACAUUACAAAGUAUUAAACCGGCGAAAGGGGCCAGCUGUGUGGGGUCUGAGAGCUCAAAUUGAUAGGAAACUGUAUAAACAGAACAUGCAGAAGGAAAUCCUGAACACGCCACUGCUCACUGUUCAGGAGGGAGCCGUAGAAGACCUUAUUCUUUCGGAACCAGAGCCUGAGCACCCUGGGAAGUGCCGUGUCAGUGGUGUUGUUUUGAUGGAUGGAAGCACAGUACAUGCGGAGAGUGUGAUUCUGACUACUGGGACAUUUCUAAGAGGCACGGUUGUGAUUGGAUUGGAAAUGCAUCCAGCAGGACGUUUAGGAGAUCAGCCUUCCAUAGGGUUGGCUCAGACUCUGGAGAAGCUGGGGUUUGCAGUGGGAAGGUUGAAGACUGGGACUCCACCCCGAAUUGCCAAAGAGUCCAUUAAUUUCAGCAUACUAAAUAAGCAGACACCAGAUGAUCCGCCCAAACCAUUCAGCUUUAUCAAUGAGACAGUGUGGAUUAAGCCAGAAGAUCAGCUGCCGUGUUACAUGACUCACACGAAUCCUAAAGUGGACGAAAUUGUCCUUGAGAACCUUCACCUUAAUAGUCACGUUAAAGAAACUACCAGAGGGCCCCGAUACUGUCCCUCCAUUGAAUCAAAGGUUUUGCGUUUUCCCAAUCGUCUGCAUCAGGUUUGGCUGGAACCUGAAGGACUGGAUUCUGAUCUUAUCUACCCCCAAGGCUUAUCUGUGACGCUACCAGCUGAAUUACAAGAGAAAAUGAUCGCGUGCAUCAGAGGCUUGGAGAAAGCUAAAAUGAUUCAGCCAGGCUACGGUGUUCAGUAUGAUUACUUAGAUCCCCGUCAGAUCAGUCCUUCCCUCGAGACUCAUUUGGUUCAACGGCUCUUCUUUGCGGGACAGAUAAAUGGCACCACUGGUUACGAGGAAGCGGCAGCUCAAGGUGUGAUAGCUGGAAUCAAUGCCAGUCUUCGGGUCAGCCGCAAGCCUCCCUUUGUCGUCAGCCGAACAGAAGGCUACAUCGGAGUCUUGAUUGAUGACCUCACCACGCUGGGCACUAGUGAACCAUACCGCAUGUUUACCAGCAGAGUGGAGUUCCGUCUGUCAUUGCGCCCUGAUAACGCCGACAGCCGGCUCACGUUCCGAGGGUAUAAGGAAGCUGGCUGUGUGUCCCAACAGCGAUAUGAAAGAGCUUGUUGGAUGAAGUCUUCUCUAGAGGAAGGCAUUUCUGUGUUGAAAUCCAUUGAAUUUUCAAGCUAUAAAUGGAAACAAUUAAUCCCAGAGGCUUCAAUAAGUAUUACUAAAAGUCAUCCUGUGAGUGCUCUAGAUGUCCUGAAGCAUGAGGAAGUUGACAUGGAGUCAUUGGCCAAGGUUGUUCCAGACCUCUUCAAGAAGUACACUCAAUGUAGAGAACUAGCUGAAAGACUGAAGAUAGAAGCCACUUAUGAAUCAGUAGUGUUCCAUCAGCUACAAGAAAUAAAGGAAGUUCAGCGAGAUGAAGCUCUCCAGCUGCCAAAAGACCUGGAUUAUUUGACAAUCAAGGAUGUGUCUUUGUCUCAUGAAGUUCGGGAGAAAUUACAUUUUAGUCGCCCACAGACGAUCGGGGCUGCCAGUCGUAUACCUGGAGUGACACCUUCUGCCAUUGUCAACCUGCUCAGAUUUGUGAAGACGACUCAGCAAAGACAAGCAACUGUGAAUGAACUGCCACAGACUGAUCCAUGACGCCUGUGAUACCACCAUAAAACUCUCACUUCACAGGAGACUUAAAGUGCAAAUAAUUCUGUCAGUACCAGAGUAUAGAUAGGAGAUUGCUAUUUAGCACUUAUUAAAAUAGCUUUAUUAGGUUAUUACAGGCUUGUUGUUAAUUUGUGAAAGGAAAGAGGUUGUAAUUGUGAUUUUUGUGUAUCUGGAAAAAAAUAGUUUUAAACAAUGUGUGCUGUUUUGGCAGUUCUAAUACCGUAAGCCUCUUCAUGUAACUUCGUGCAGUGUUCCUCAGACAUGUCAUGAGGCUAAAGUAAAGCUGAAAAAAAAAUCUUGCAUAUUUGCCUACUCAUAAGGACUUUGCCCAUUACAUGGUAUGCCAAAUUAAAA